AUGACGGAGCCACCACAAAAGAAGCCAAAAGUACAAAAUAUAAACACCAUCAAGGCAAUAUUAUCUCCGGAGUACACGGAGCCAAUAAAAUGUGACGAAGUCUAUGUCACCGCGGUGGCUGACAAGAAACAAAUAUCGAAAAUAAUGCAACAGCUGGCUAUCCAACUGCCGGUGCCGAAACUUCAGCAUUUGAAACGUGUUAAGGAUAAUAAAAUCAUAUUGUGCAGCAAGGAAGAAGUUGGAGAGGUAGAGAAACUAAAACCCUAUUUGGAAACAAAAUCUAUAGACCCCCUUGUUGUGGAGGAAAUUCUAAAACAAAUCGAAGUAAUCGCCGUACCCGCAAAAUCACCCAAAUUACGUUGGCAAUAUGAGGAAGUGCACCGCAUAUGGCCAUGUAAAUUCCAUCCGGAUAAAUAUAUGGAACAAAGAUAUGAAGGUACCAAUUUUACAGAGAAGGAAAAGGAGUUCCAUAUAAAAAUAGUUUCCUUACUAAGGGAUAUAUCACGUAAACUAUUGAAUAACCAAAACAUAGGCGUAUGUGUGGAUCCCAGAUUUCAAAGUCUGGUGGCAAUGGCCUCCAGUUUUACAAACAAAAGUCCAGUUAUGCAUUGCCCCAUGAUUUUGGUUGAUUAUGUGGCCAGAACCCAAGAUUCAGGAGCGUGGAAUGAAAAAUUAAAUUCCGAAGAAGAAUUUGUUGAAUGUGAAAAGGCCUCAGAACACACUAUGCUUGGAAUACCGAGAAGAUUUAAACAAUUUAUGGAUGAAAAUGAGGAUUAUAAAAAUAUCAAAUUGGGUGCGGAACGUUUGAGAUGUAGCGAAAAGUUGAAAUGUGAAGAAGCCCAAACGCUUGAUGGUGACAACUUGGCAAAAUAUGGUCCAUAUUUAUGCACAGGCUAUGAUGUAUAUUUGUGGCAAGAGCCAUGUCUAAUGUGUGCCAUGGCUUUGAUACAUAGUCGGGCAAAACGGGUGUUUUUUGUCAAGGCUUCGGACAAUGGUAGUUUAUCAUCGCGCUUCCAGCUACAUAGUGUACCUGAACUAAAUCAUCAUUAUGAAGUUUAUCAAAUUUUGUUGGAGAAUUUGGAAAGUUGA